GUGCUAGCAGUGAGAGGCAGAUGCGCGAUUGUGUGUCCACAUUAAAUGUUGCGCGAAGGUAAGGCAUACAGCCUCUUGUGAAAAGGAACAUUCAGAGAGAAGCCAGCUAUCUAAGUAAUUGAUUUCAGAAUCCCUGGAUAUUCAGCACUAUAACUGAACAGGACAUUUAUUGAGCUUUUGUCGCAGGUGGUGAGGAGUCGGCCAGAUGAACUAGAUCCAGGGGAACCCGUAGCCGGGGACAUGACUGAUCCGUUGGCUGUUUUCUGGUGAAUGGAUUAGGGUGUGCUGUGACCAUGCGUUGCCUGGCGGCCCGGGUCAACUACAAGACCCUGAUCGUCAUCUGCGCACUCUUCACCCUCCUCACCAUGCUUCUGUGGAACCGCUGCUCCAGCGACACCGCCCUGCGCUUCCUCCCGCGGGCCCCGCCGCCACCCCCCAGCGCCAAGGUGGGCGACGCCAGCAUUAGCAGCCAGCAGCAGCCCCCGGAGCCGCCGCCCAUAGUAGGCGGAGCUGCCGGCAUCAAGUACGAAGAGAUGGACUGCCUGAUUAACGACGACGUCACGAUAAAGGGUCGGCGGGACGGUGCUGAAGUGUACUUUCCUUUCAGCUGGCUGGAGAAGUACUUUGAGGUGUACGGCAAGGUGGUGCAGUACGACGGUUACGAGCGAUUUGAGUUCCAGCACAGCUACUCCAAGGUGUACGCGCAGCGCGAGCCCUACCACCCGGACGGCGUCUUCAUGUCCUUCGAGGCAUACAACGUGGAGGUGCGCGACCGCGUCAAGUGCAUCAGUGGAGUGGAAGGCGUGCCCCUCUCCACCCAGUGGGGUCCCCAGGGUUACUUCUAUGCCAUCCAGAUCGCCCAGUACGGCCUGAGCCACUACAGCAAGAACCUGACGGAGCGGCCACCCCAUGUGGAGCUGUACGACGCGGCUGAGGAAAAGGACAACCGCGCGGCCUCACCCAGCGGGCCCUGGACGGUCCCCAAGGGCUGCAGCCUCACACGGCUCCACGACAAGGGCCGUGCCACCGCUGUGCGCCAGUUCAGUGCCCCAGAGAACUCUGAAGGUGUCUCCCUCCCCCUGGGCAACUCCAAGGACUUUAUCAUCUCCUUCGACCUCAAGUUCACCUCCAACGGAAGCGUGUCUGUGGUGCUGGAGACCACGGAGAAGGGCGCGCCCUUCAUCAUCCACUAUGUCACCUCCGCUCAGCUCAUCGCCUUCAGCGGCCGCGACAUCACCUACGGCAUCGGGCCCCGUGCCGCCUGGUCCACGGUCACCCGGGACCUGCUGACAGACCUGAGGAAGGGCGUGGGCCUGUCCAACACCAAGGCCGUCAAGGCCACCAAGGUGAUGCCGCGGCGGGUUGUGCGACUGAUAGUCCGUGGGCGCGGUGCCAUCGACAACGUCACCAUCUCCACCACGGCGCACACGGCUGCUUUCUUCGCCGCCAGUGACUGGCUGCUGCGCAACCAGGACGAGCGUGGCGGAUGGCCCAUCAUGGUCACACGCAAGCUGGGCGAGGGCUUCCGCCCGCUGGAGCCUGGCUGGUACUCCGCCAUGGCGCAGGGCCAGGCCAUGUCGACUCUGGUCCGCGCCUACCUGCUCACCAAGGACCACGUCCUGAACGCUGCGCUGCGUGCCACCGGCCCCUACAAGCUGCACUCUGAACAGCACGGCGUCAAGGCUGUCUUCAUGAACAAGUACGACUGGUACGAGUACCCCACUACACCAGGCUCCUUCGUGCUCAACGGCUUCAUAUACUCGCUGCUCGGUCUCCACGAUCUGGCCGAGACGGCGGGCGAGAAACUAGGCCGGGAGUCUGGCCUGUUGUUCUCCAGGGGCAUGGAGUCCCUCAAGGCCAUGCUGCCACUGUAUGACACGGGCUCGGGCAGCAUCUACGACCUGCGGCACUACAUGCUGGGCACAGCCCCCAACCUGGCACGCUGGGACUACCACACCACGCACAUCAACCAGCUGCAGCUGCUGGCGUCCAUCGAUAACGCGCCCAUCUUCCGGGAUGUGGUGAAGCGCUGGAAGAGCUACCUGAAGGGGCGGGCCAAACACAACUAGGAGCCGGUCCUGGAGGGGGGGCGGGCCAAGCACAACUAGGAGCCGGUCCUGGACCAGGAACUCUAUGGGGAGGUGUGGGAGGAAAGCGGGUGGAAUGUGUGUGUGCACAUCUCUGUGUGUGUGUAGCCUACGUAGCUACGUGUGCACAUCUGUGUGUGUGUAGCCUACGUAGCUAC